AUGACCAUCUCGGGCGCACUAGCCUCGUGUAAGUCCCUCUCCAGACCCUACCCAUGGACUCGACUGACCCACAUUGCUCCCGCAGACGAGGAGGGCCUCGUUGCCAACGUCCAGCGCAUCUCGUCGCUCGAGUCGACCUUGCGCACCCUCACCUGGUUCUUGCCAGGCCGCUUCCAGGAUGCCGAGAUCGCGUCCGAGGGCCUCUCGUCCGUCCUGAACCUCGUCAGCCUCUACCACGACUCGAUCCUGCACCGCGCCGUGUCGUCCCUCCCCGCACCCUUGCGCCCUCCACCCACCUCGCACACUCGCUACACCCGCCACUACACCCUCACGUCCAAGCCCUACUCGGUCCUCGCCCACACGCUCAGCGCCGUCCAGGCCCUCGAGCUCCUCCUCGAGAUGGCCGCCCGCAAGCGCAAGGGCACCGCCGCCCAGGAAAAGACGGUCGUCGCCCUCGAGGCCCUCAAGGCGCUCCUCCGCCUCGGCCUCAUGGGCGCCACGAGCGGCCGCACGGGCGUUCAGCCCCCGGUCGCCGAGCGCCAGGUCGACCCGGCCCUCCUCGAGCUCAACCGCGAGAAGACGGUCGAGAAGGAGUUUUGGACGGGCGCGCGCACUGGGUACGUGCGCCCGACGCUCGCGUCGCUGCGGCAGGGGGCGGGUGACUCGGCGGCGGAGUACCUCUUGUCGAGGGUGCUCACGAUCGAGGACGUCAAGCGGCCGCAAGACCUCGUCGCCAAGGCGCACGGCGUCAAGCGCCUCGCCGAGGUCAUCUGGAUCCUGCGCCCGCUCAUCUACGUUCUCGCCAUGCGCAAGUACGGCAAGCGGCACACGCUCCCGUUCCUCCUCUCGCUCGCCCUCGAGUACCUCGCCUUCUCGCUGCGCCAGUCGACCGACCCCAAGCUCGGCUCGGACAAGGCGUGCGGCCCGAUGCUGCCCCGGGGCACGCCGAGCGAGCUCGAGAAGGACGAGACGGCCAAGAGGGGGCGGGCGUUCUGGUGGUACCUCGUCCGAGGACCCGUGUGGGAGAGCUGGACCAAGCCGCAGCUCGAGAGCAUCGGGCGCAAGUUCGAGGACAAGCCGCUCGUCGGGUUCGUCUCGACGCUCCUCAACGACUACAUCCCCUUGUACGACGAGUACUACUACUACUCGGCCUGAUCACCUUUCCCCUCUCGCUCGUUCACCUCCUCGUCGCCCAUGUUGUGCCUCCCGGUCUGUCUGUCCUAGCUGUCCUCUCGUUCCAUGUACCUCCUCCCGAGACGCGCAGGCCGAGCCGCAAUGCAGAAGCUGUCCUCGUCC